AAUUCGGAAACAGAAAAGUGCGUCAACUGCAAUUUUCCAUUUUCUUUGUCUUUUCUGGUUUAAUAUUCCAAAUUUCAACUUCCAUGAAUGAGUGAAGGAAGAUAAUCAAAGAGCAACACCACUUGAAGCAUGAACAAUCUGCAUGCUGCUGCAAUUUUGGCGCUGUUUUUCUUCUACUCCUUAUUCUUCUUCAUUUUCAGCUCAGCCUCAGCCGCCACUGACGAUAUCUCAGUUAGCUGCGGAUCAAGCGGCGCUUCCACAGCUGCCGGCGGCAACGCAUGGCGCGGGGACGUACCGCCAGAUCUGUGGCCGCCGCUACAAUUGCAUGGCGCAGCGACCGUGAUCCGCAGCUCAAUCGGCGGUAAUGAUUAUCCAGUUCCUUACCGAACAGCGAGACUCUCUCGUUCACGAUUCUCGUAUGCGUUCAACGUGACUCCAGGUCAGAAAAUUCUUCGCCUUCACUUCAAUCCGGCGUCGUAUAGGGGCUUCGAAAGUUCUAACGACUUAUUCGAAGUUGAAGCUGGUGGCUUCACCCUGCUCGGAAAUUUCAGUGCUUCUCUUACUGCUGAUGCUCUAGGUUUGCCUUACUUUUUCAAGGAAUUCUGUAUAAGCAUUGAUGAGCACCAACUAUUUCGUAUAACGUUCUAUGCUGAAAAUAGUCAAUUUCUGGAUACUUAUGCUUUUAUAAACGGCAUUGAGAUAAUCUCGGUGCCUGCUAGCCUUUCUUACUUUCAUGGGAGAUAUGUAGGAGUUGAAGAGGUAGGGAAGUCUGUGAUCAAUGUUGAUAAUAGUUCUGUGCUUGAGAUAAUCCGGAGAGUUAAUCUUAAACAGGAUUCUGUUUCGUCGUCCGGUGAUGCAAACGGUGUCUUUGGGAUGUGGGAGAUGGCUUCUAGGAGGAAAGAAACCAAGGUGAAGAGUGUUGAGUGGAGGACAUUAGUGGAUGUGGGAUUUAGGUACUUGGUUAGGCUCCAUUUCUCUGAGCUAGGGCUCGAGAUGGCAGAGAUGAGAGGUGUUGCUUUCAAGAUCAACAUUAAUGGUGUCAUUGUUGAUGCUGAUAUUGAGAGCAGAGAAGGGGAUUGUGAAGAUGCCAUCCCUUGGUAUAGGGACUAUAUGGUGAUGAUCAAAGGGCUCAAACGCGAUGGUAAGCGUGAGAUCAUCAUUUGUCUUCAAUCCAAUGGCAAGUUCAUAGAUGGACAUGGACUCCUUGAAGGGUUUGAAGUUUUGAGAUUGAGCAACUUUGACAAUAGUUUGGCCAGUCCAAAUCCCUUGCCUUCAUCUUCCAGUUCACCAAACUGGAUUAUCCAGAGUUUUGGUCACAGAAAUAUGAUGGCCACUUUUGUGAUAACAUUACUUGCCUUUGUGAAUACUAUUGUACAUAUAUUGAGUCUAAUAUGGGAAGGUAGAAGCAGAGAGGAGAAAAAUAUGCCAUCAGUCAGGGCUGGACGACUUUGUCGACGGUUUUCACUGGCUGAGAUCCAAUUAGCCACAAAAAACUUCAGCGAUGCACAUCUCAUUGGAAGGGGAGGAUUUGGUAAAGUUUAUAGAGGCCUCAUUGACAAUGGGCAAGUGACUGUCGCCAUAAAGCGGCUCAGAUCAAACUCGAACCAAGGGCAACGAGAAUUUUUGACAGAGAUUGAAACACUAACUGAGCUCCGACAUGUUAAUCUGGUUUCCCUGAUUGGCUACUGCUAUUACCAUAGAGAAAUGAUUCUCGUUUAUGAUUACAUGGCCAACGGAACGUUGAGUGAUCACAUUUACAAACUCUCAAGGAAAGGCAUUGACUGCUCAUCUCUAACGUGGAAAGAACGCCUUACUAUAUGCAUAGGAGCUGGUCGAGGACUGGACUAUCUUCACACUGGCCACUCUCUCAUACAUCGUGAUGUUAAGGCUUCAAAUAUCCUCCUCGAUGAGAAUUUUGUAGCCAAGGUUGCAGAUUUUGGCUUGGCCAGACACAUGAAUAUGAGAACAUUGCAGAGCCAUAUUAGCACAAAAGUUAAGGGCACAUUUGGGUACUUGGACCCAAAUUAUUACACCACCGGUAAACUAACAAAGAAAAGUGACACAUUUUCCUUUGGGGUGGUUUUGCUGGAAGUACUUUGUGGAAGACCGGCUGUGGAUCGAGGAGUCGGAGAGGAUGAAUGGCUGCUGACUAAGUGGGCUCGAGAAAAUAUUAGCAAGGGAAAAACUGACCAAAUUGUAGCUCCAGAUCUAAGGGGUGAAAUCUCAGAAGAUAGCCUAAAGGCAUUUGUGGAGGUUGCUGAAAGAUGCUUGCAUGAUGAGCCAAAGGAAAGGCCAACAAUGGCUCAAGUUGUGCUACAGCUCGAGGGUGCUCUUAAGCAGCAGGAUGGCUCAAAAUCCAUGCCACAGAGUGUGGAUGAUCUCCACUCAUACAACAAAGAAACUAACUCGUCGAUUAAUGCUCAGCUGAGUAAACAGCUCACAGUGGACCCUAGAGAUGAGCAGAAUUCAUCCACUUCUAAAGAGAAAACUAACAGAAUCGGAUUUGUUAAUAUUAAGUCUCCACCUCUAUCUGAAAGAGAAGAUUGGACAAAAGCCACGGCACAGAGACCAGCACGACUUAGGCCGUGGGAUGCAUUUUGGAGUAGAGUUAAACCAUCUGGUGAAUCAGGUGAUUAUGAAGAUCGUCCUACAGAAAUAUUGCAUAACAAUGUCCCUGCCACUAUCCCACUAUAUGAAUUAGCAGAGAUUACUGAUAACUUUGAUGUCAAGUGUGUUAUUGGUGAGGGAUCAAAUGGAAAGGUAUACCAUGGAGUACUCAAAAGUGGACUGGCUGCAGCAAUCAAAAUGCUCGAUUCUACCAACCAGGGAGACCAAGUACUUUUAGCACAGGUUUCAGCGGCUUCUAUAGUAAAGCACAAAAAUGUGGUUGAGCUGCUUGGUUAUUGUGUGGAUGGUGAUUUGCGAGCCUUGGCUUAUGAGUUUGCUCCAAAUGGUUCCCUGCAUGAAAUCCUUCAUGGACGGAAAGGCAUCAGGGGCUCAGGGCCGGGUCCAGCUCUGUCGUGGCCUCAGAGAAUUGAAUUUUCUAUUGGAGCAGCAAAAGGGUUAGAGUACAUCCAUUUGAGGGGACGGAUUCAUGGCGACAUCAAAUCCAGCAACAUUCUUCUUUUCGAUGACUAUGGAGUUGCUAAGGUAUCUGAUGUUGAUCUUUCAAAUCAAGCUCCUGACACGUCAACUCGCCUUAAUUCCUCUGGUUAUCAUGCUCCUGAAUGCAUAAUUAGUGGCCAGCAAAGCUGGAGGAGUGAUGUUUACAGCUUUGGCGUUGUACUUCUGGAACUUCUAACUGGACGUAAACCUGUUAAUAAUACACAGGAAGGGGGAGAGCAGGAUCUUGUGACAUGGGCAAUGGCAAAUCUCAGUGAAGACAAGGUAAGAAACUAUGUUGAUGCUAGAUUGAAAGGAGACUACCCUUCUAAGGCAGUUGCUAAGAUGGCUUCACUUGCUAUCUCGUGUGUGCAAUAUGAAGCCGGUUUCCGUCCAAAUAUGAGCAUUGUAGUAAAAGCUCUUCAACCUCUGCUGAAAAGCGCAUCAAAUCCUACUGGUCAAACAUCAAAUUUAAAGUUAGAAAGGCGCCGUUAUGUCGAGCAGUGGAUGAACCAUUGUCGCUUUCCAGAAGAACUGAGAAGGCAAGUCCGAGAAGCCGAGCGUCUUAAUUGGGCUGCCACUAGUAUGUUCAAUGAAGAAAUGCUGAUGGAGAAGUUACCAGAAAACCUUCAAAGGGAUAUACGUCAUCAUCUCUUUAGAUUUGUUAAGAAACUCCAGAUUUUACAGUUUUUGGAUCAACGCGUAAUAGAUGCUAUAUGUGAAAGGCUAAGAACAAAAACAUAUAUCAGAGGCAGCACGAUGCUUUAUCCCGGUGGUUGUGUCAAUAAAAUUGUUUUCAUAAUUCAAGGAAAGAUGGAGAGCAUCUUUGUGGAUGAAUUUACUACAGUUCCGUUGUCAGAAGGGGAUUUUUGUGGAGAAACACUCCUUCCUUGGUGCCUCGCGAAUUCUUCUGUAAAUACAGAUGGACGAGGAAUGAGGAGUGCAGAGCCAAUAUUGUUGAGCGACAAUCUAGUUCGAUGUUUAACAAAUGUAGAAGCAUUGGUAUUGCGAGCUGCAGAUCUGGAAGAAGUUGUGAGCCUUUUUGCAAGAUUCAUUAACACACCACGCAUCAUAAUGGCUGCAAGAUAUAUAUCGCCUCAUUGGAGAAAGCUCGCAGCUCGACGUAUUCAAGCUUCAUGGAGACACAGAAAGAACAUACCAAUCGAUCAGACGAUCGCUCUACAUGAUUAGUUUCUCGAGCUCUUCACACUUUUGUGCUUGCUCGUCUGUAUUGUAUAUUGAAAACUGGCUAUGUAUAUAGGCACACAUUUUCCUAUAAUUUGUAGAAUUGGAUACACUUUGCACUGUGGCUUGCGUGUAUCGAACCCUUGUCUUCCUGGUCUCUCAAUCUCUGUGCAUCUUCACCCAA